ACCGAUCGUUGGUUUUCGUAUAAAUAUUGGACCUUUCGGUGAUGCAAACGUCAGACACAACCAAGUGGUCAAAGUCAAAGAACUAAAUUCAAAAUGCGUGCCUUCAUUGUUAUGUGCUUGGUGGCAGUCGCCUGCGCCGAUAAGCUCGGCUACAACUAUCAGCCCGUGGCUCACUCCAGCUCUGGCCUGUCCUUCGCUCCUGGCAGUGGAUCCAUUGGUGGUGGCUCCAUCGGAGGCAGCAUUGGAGGUGGCUCCAUCGGAGGCAGCAUUGGAGGUGGCUCCAUCGGAGGAAGCAUUGGAGGUGGCUCCAUCGGAGGUGGCUCCAUCGGAGGUGGAUCCAUCGGAGGUGGUUCCAUCGGAGCCAGCAUUGGCAGCGGUGCUGGUCUGGGUGGUCUUGGUAGCAUUGGUGGUGGCAGCAUCGGCGGUGGUGAGGCUCUGAGUGCCCCCGUCUCUUACAGCGCCCCUGCCCCAGCUGCCGAGCUGGAGAAGGAGUUCUUCACCUUCACCGCCAACGAACAGGACUUCGAUGAGCCCCAGCAGCUGGAGCGCGUCUCCUCCGCUCUGAACAAGGCCCUGCGCGUUGUCUUCAUCAAGGGACCCGAGAACCGUGGACUGGAGAACGCCGCCCUGGCUCUGGCCAAGCAGGCUGCCCAGCAGGAGACCGCCAUCUAUGUCCUGAACAAGCAGGCCGAUAUUGGAGAUCUGGCCAACAAGCUGAACGCCAUCCGCAGCAACAACAACAACAAGCCCGAGGUGCACUUCGUCAAGUACCGCACUCAGGAGGAUGCUGCCAACGCUCAGCGCGCCAUCCAGGGUCAGUACGACCAGCUGGGAGGCUCCAGCCAGGCCCACAACGGCGGUGUUGCCCCCGUCCUGAACUUCGCCUCCGCCGGACCAGUGCGUCAGGCUACCGCCCAGAGCCCCGACAACUCCUACCUGCCCUCUUCGGUCUUCCGUCGCGUCUAAGUCGCUCGUUUCACUCCUCACUGAAUCGCAAACGCCAGCGAUCUUUGACUGAUUUUAAAACCUAGUUAUUGUUGACUAAUGCUUAAAUAAAUUCAAUCCUUAAAUUUUAAACCAA